AUGCCUUCCAGAGGAUGCACAAUCACCGUCUGCAUUGCAGUCACGCUCUUUGCUUACACCGUCCUGGCGGAGGUGGAGCCCAAGAUCUUCAAUUCCAAUGUCGCGUCUCUCAGCACUCAGGAGAUCGAGGAGCAGCUUCAGGUACUUUAGCUAUGCUACAACACCUGUCUGUAACAUAUCGAUUGACAUAGAUUGGCUGACGACGAUUGAAGCAAUGCCCCAUUAUAGAAGCUCUUGUAAGCCACAAGACCGAGAAUGAGCCUCCAACGUCCUCUAUGCUCCAGCAGGCGUUCCGCGUGCUCUUCCCGUUCGCCAAUCCCGCGUUCAACGCCUUGAUGGGAACACUCUACAUUUCUGGCCCUCCAAACUUUCUUCUUGCCCUUUGCCCGCCCAACAUCGAUCCGAGCAGCCUCAACGUGAUGGUGGCAUUUGCAGUUGGAGGGCUAUUGGGCGACACUUUGUUCCACUUGCUCCCUGAGAUUUUCUUGGGCGAAGUGCCGGAGGGAGAAGUAAGAGCUGUGCUUGUAGAGCCCAACAAAAACCUUUUGCUUGGCGUGGCCAUCAUGGUGGGUUUCGUCACGUUCGUGGCUAUGGACAAGGCACUCAGGAUCUCCACUGGUGGAGAGGGGCACACACAUGAGCACGGACACAGUCACGACAGCUCCAACGGCAACAUCGCCGCCAAUGCAUCAACUACAGGCUCCUCCACAGAUGAAAAAGACGACUCGACGCUCCGUCAGCGAAAGCAAGAUCCCUCCAAGAAGGACGUUGCAGCUGCAGCCUCGAAAGAAGAUCCGAAGCCAUCCGUCAAGCUGUCAGCAUAUCUCAACAUUAUUGCUGACUUCACCCAUAAUAUCACCGAUGGUCUUGCCAUGUCUUCUUCCUUCUACGCCAGUCCAACCAUCGGCGCGACCACUACUCUUGCUGUCUUCUGUCACGAGAUUCCUCAUGAGGUUGGAGACUUUGCUUUACUCAUACAGGGCGGCAUGAGCAAGCAGAUGGCCAUGGGUUUGCAGUUUGUUACCGCUCUUGGAGCUUUGCUUGGCACAGUAAUCGGUAUUGCUGUCCAAGAGUUUGGAGGCAAUUCUAGUUCCGUCGCUGCUACUGUAGCAAGCGGGAAUACCGGCUUGUUUGGCACAAGCUUGCAGUGGGGUGACAUGCUCCUCCCAUUCACUGCCGGAACAUUCCUAUACGUCGGCACGGUUGGCGUGAUCCCUGAGAUUCUCGAGACUGGACCGAAUAAGAUGAAAGAACUAAAGUCAACUGGCCUUCAAUUCCUGGCCAUCGCGGCUGGCGCUGGAAUCAUGUUGGGGUGA